AUGGAGGGGCACGGAGAGGCGGAGCGCGCGGGCGCCACGGGUGCCGCGGGCGCCGACGGCGAGGCCGAGAGCGCCGAGCCGGCGCCGCUGCGGCUGCUCCUGGCGCCGCUGUUGCUCGGCGACGCGGCGGCCGCUGCGGGGCCGUGCGAAGCACCGGCGUCGGCGGGCGCCGCGGCGGCGCCCGCUGCGAGCUUGGCCGGGCCAGGCCCGCCGGCCGCCGCCCGCCCCGCCGCCGUGGUGGCGCCCCCAGCGCCCGCGGCGGACGCGCGCACCCGCCAGCUGCUCACCUGCGCGCGGCUGCUGGCGGGGCUGCAGGCCGAGAACGCCUCGCUGGGCGAGGCGCUGGACCACGCGCGCCGGGGCAAGCGCGAGGCCGAGGCGGCGGCCGCCGAGGCGCUGACGGAGAGCGUCGAGUUGCGCCGGCGGUGCGCCGAGCUGGCGCGGCGGCCCGCCUGCGGCGCCGCAGCGGGCUGCGCCCGGGCCGCGGGCCUGGAGGCCGAGCUGCGCAGGGCGCAGGUCCAGGGGCAACGGUGCUCGUCGGUCGUUGGAAGCAGGUGGUUUGGUUGCGGGACUCGGAGCUCGCCGCGGCGGAGGGGCGCGCGGAGGCGCUGGCUUCGGAACUGGCGGCCUCGCGCGCGGGCGGCGGCGGCGGCGGCGAGCGUGCCGGCCAGGGAGACGCCGCCGCAGGAGGAAGAGCUUCUUGGGGGCUCCGCAUGA